AAAACAUUCCAUUUCACUUGAGUAUCGAGUUUUUAUUUCCAACCUCCCCCAGUCGGCCGCAUGCGAAUAUCAUUAAAAAUUAUUGAAUAACAAGCACAAUUAGUGGUAAGAAAAAAGAAUCCCAAACCGAACCUUCCAUCCUCAAUCUCUGACCCGUACCAAAAUUCUUGUCUAAACUUGAGUUUCAGUUCAAGUUUCCACUAGACAGCAGUUGUAGUUGCAGACUGGUGGAUCUUUAUUCCUCUUCCUAACUCAUCUUUUCAACUAUUAAUAACAAUAAUACAAAAUUUAUCAUAAAAUGGCUGCUACGCCAACUGCAGCUCCACAACAAGAAAAAACCCUCCAACAACAACUCUCCCUCCCAAUCAUCUUAGCCGACCGACUCAUCAAAUCCGCUCAAGAAGCCCAGUCUUCCAGAUUCGAAUGCGCCGAGCUCGCCAAACAAGUCGACCGUCUCUCCCAGAUGCUCCGCUCCUUCGUCCGUCUCUCCACCACCGCCAACUCCACAGUCUACGAUCGUCCCGUCCGCCGUAUCGCCUCCGACAUCACUAAAACCCUUGAGCGUGCCCUCUCCCUCACUCGCAAGUGCCGUCACAGUGGUCCCCUCCGCCACCUCUUCUCCAUAACAACCACCACGGAUUUCCGCAAAGUUUCGAAUCUUCUCGAAUCUUCCAUCGGCGACACGCGUUGGCUGCUUUCCCUUUUCGACUCGGACGGAACCAAUCUUUCCCUUCCUCCUAUCGCCAGCAACGACCCCAUUCUCGCUUGGGUUUGGUCUUACAUAUCAACAAUCCACAUGGGCCCAUUAAAAGAUCGAGCCGAUGCCGCUAACGAACUCGCUUCCUUAGCCAAAGAUAACGACCGCAACAAAAAAAUGAUCGUUGAAGAAGGCGGGGUUUUACCGCUACUCAAAUUGUUAAAAGAAGGAGCUUCCCCUGAAGCGCAAAUCGCGGCGGCUAAUGCGCUUUACAAUAUCGCAACUGAUGAAGAAAGAGUUAGACUAAUCACGGACGUAAUGGGAAUCCCUAUAAUUGUAGGGGUUUUAGGAGAAGCUCAAAUGAAAGUUCAAAUAGUGGUCGCGAAUUUAGUGGCGAGAAUGGCGGAGAUGGAUUCGGUUGCGAGGGAAGAGUUUGUAAGAGAAAAUGUUACGAGAAAGUUAGUCUCUUUGUUGUCUAUGGAUUUAGCUUUGGAAGUGGUCAAGCCUCAAACUGGGAAAGCUAGUAUUCAUUCCAUUGUUCAAAUGAAUAAGGAGAUGACUGAUAAGUUCUCCAGGCAUCCCAAAUUGUUGUCGAUCCCGGCCCACACCUCCUCGUUUUUGGAUGGGAGUACUAGAGGUAGGAAAGAGAGGGAAGCGGAGAGUCCUGAGCUGAAGCUUAUGUUGCAAGUUAAUUGUGCAGAGGCUUUGUGGAAGUUGUCCAAAGGGAGUUUAUCCACCAGUAGGAAAAUUACAGAGACAAGAGGGUUACUUUGUUUGGCAAAAAUUAUAGAGAAAGAGAAAGGGGAGUUGCAAUUUAAUUGUUUGAUGACAGUUAUGGAGAUUACAACAGUUGCGGAGUCUAAUGCUGAUCUUAGGCGUGCAGCUUUCAAGACUAAUUCACCUGCUGCAAAUGCAGUUUUGGAUCAGCUUUUGAGAGUAAUUCAGGAAGAAACUAGUCCAACUCUGCAGAUUCCGGCUAUUAGGUCAAUUGGGUGUUUGGCUCGAACUUUUCCUGCAAGAGAAACAAGAAUAAUUGGUCCUUUGGUCAAUAAGCUUAGUAAUAGUAAUGUGGAAGUAGCUAUGGAAGCUGCUAAUGCACUGGGGAAGUUUGCUUCUCCAGAUAAUUUCAAUGGUUCAGAGCAUUCAAAGGCAAUUAUUGACUUUGGUGGGGUCCCACCUUUGAUGAGAUUGCUGCGUAUUAAUGAUCAAGUUCAAGUAGAUGGACUUGUCUUGCUAUGUUAUUUGGCAUUGAAUGCUGGCAACAGCAAGGCCCUUGAACAAGCACGGGCAUUGAAUGCUCUUGAAGGGGCUGCUCGUUCUGUGGUAGUUCUGUAUACCGAUUUGAGAGAUUUGUUGGCUAAAGCUAUACAUCAUCUGACCCUUUACCAAGCUGGAGGCCUUCCCCACAGGCAGUCUUUUGCACCGUAAGCUGCUUUGAUGAUUCAAAUAUUUAAAAAGGAGCACUCCUGAUUUUCAAAGUAAGAAGCGAUGGAAUUCAACCAUUCUUUUUGGCAUCAUGUAUCGUGAAGAUAGAGCAAUUUGCAAUGGUGGAGGCUUUUAGACAAUUGAUCUACCCAAUCUGGCUUUUCUAGGAACAACUUAAUCAGGGCGAGUAUGCCUUUUGAAUUGCUGUUGAAGCCACUUCAUAGCUGGCUAUCAUUCAAGGCAGAGUGUUACGAUUCAUGCAGGCAAUACAGCUAUGACGGUGAAUUCUGUUCAGGUAUGUUUCUUCACUGCACUUAUAGUAUUCAAAAGCAAAUGCAUAGUAGUGUUUGCUGCAAUGACACUUUCUUAUUGUAUUUUUUUAUCAUUUAUUGAAAGUUUUCCCAGCAUUUUGAAUGCUUAUUCUGAAAGACUUGUGCUGCUUAGGUUGCCGUGGCUUGUAAAAGUACAAAGAGAUGUAUUGGGUUGUUCCGAGGACUUUCCAUAUUUGCAACUAUUAUUAUUAUUAUUAAAUAAAUGCAUAAAGUAGAAUAAGAUUUUUCCCCCAGUCCUUGAAGGAAGCCUGUAUCUGAUUCUGUCAUACAAGUUUUAGUAUAAUAUUUGCUUUGAGGAAAUGUUUGUGUGUGAAAGUGAAACCGUGAAUACAACCUAGCUGUCUCUUAGUUAUUUUGUGAAAACGUUGAUAGCUGAAGAUUCUGUCAUACAAGUUGUAGUCAUUUGUUGCUUUCCAGAUCAUCCAAUCCAACAAUGUAAAAGCUGUAGUAGUACAAAAUGUGGCAUAUGCUUUUCUUUGUCUGAGGGGCUAGGAUGAGAUGUAUAACAACCACUUAUGCUCAUGGUGGUGCCCAUGUUAAUGCCUGGUUCUUUCCUUGCACUCGCCACUGGGCAAUGAAUUGAAUAAUGCCAAAUUGGCCGAUUCUAUUCACCUUUCCUUCCCUUCCACUCGCCACAUGCAUGUUUAUUGACUUGAGUCUUCUCCACAAACUACAUCUUUUGAUUUUGUCCUUCUGAUCACUAGCAAAGCCACAAAAAGAACAUCUUAAAAAUGUUGCGCUACCAAAUACAAAUAGUUACUCAAAGCGGUCGAGUCUCCUAAACAUAAUUAGACCUUCCACCACCCAAAAUUCAACUUUUACCUAGAACACUGCGGCAGCGAUGAUCGCACGGACUUUAGAGUCAGACCAUUAAAGGUCCACUGCAGGGUGUGGUCCCAUUGUGAUAAACCCAACAAGCUGAAGUUUUUGAGUCGAACCAUGGUGGUUUCAGUGGGCUACCUUAUGAUUUAUUGGAUGUGGUCUCGUGGAAAGUCUUGAUUCAUUUGUGCCGAAAUGCAAAGAAAUCGAGUCCCAGUCCACUCAUAAAGGAAAUGAUACUGCCCCUGAUAGCACCCUUGGGUUUCGUGGAAUUUGGAUUUCGGCUUGUCUUCUUUACCGAUUCUAGGAUUGCGA